GGAGCGGAGGAGCUGGGCAGCCUGGAGCUGGAGCAGAGCCGGCACGGGGACCUGCUGCUGCUGCCCGGCCUGCGCGACUCCUACGAGAACCUGACGGCCAAAGUGUUGGCAGCCUACGUCUGGUUGGACCUGCACCUGGAUUUCCAGUUCGCCCUGAAGGCUGACGACGAUACCUUCGUGCGCUUGGAUGUGCUGGUGGACGAGCUGAGGGCCAAGGAGCCGCGUCGCCUCUACUGGGGCUUCUUCUCUGGCCGCGGGAGGGUGAAAUCGGGUGGGAAGUGGAAGGAGAGCGCCUGGGUGCUGUGUGACUAUUACCUGCCCUACGCCCUGGGGGGGGGUUACGUGAUUUCGGCAGACCUGGUGCAUUAUUUGCGGCUCAGCAGGGACUACCUGAACAUGUGGCAGAGCGAGGAUGUGUCCCUGGGGGUCUGGCUGGCUCCCAUCGAUGUGAAGAGGGUGCACGACCCUCGCUUCGACACCGAGUACAAGUCACGGGGUUGCAACAAUAAGUACAUAGUAACUCAUAAGCAGAGCAUCGAGGACAUGCUGGAAAAGCACCAGACCCUGGCUAAAGAGGGAAAGCUCUGUAAGGAGGAGGUGAAGCUCAGGCUUUCCUACAUGUAUGACUGGGGAGUGCCUCCCUCACAGUGCUGCCAAAGGAAGGAUGGCAUCCCCUGAAAGGCUGAGGGAGGAAGAAGGUGGAAUGUUGGACUGUGAGCUUGGUUACUGGUACUUGGGGAGGGGAGAAUCCCAGUAACUGGGGCUUAAAAAAAUUACUCAAAAGAUUUUUGCACGAUUCACAAUCAAUGAAACCCUGAAAAUCCUAAGAGCUGCUGAUGUGCCAU